UCUACAUUCACACUCAUCGUUCUUCCACCAAACACACCUUUUUCGCCCACCUGCUGCCUGAGAGUGUACCCCAACCUCUCGCCCUCACUCACAACCACCCUCGCACCUUCCCUACCUGACAGCGAUCCACCAUGUUCAACCCAACCUACUACAACGAAGACGAUCCGAUGGCCAUGUACCAGUCACUGCGCCGUGGUGGCGCCCCACGACGGUUCGACGAGUACUUCCGUUGCUAUCCUAUCGCCAUGCUUCCUGGUCCAGAGCGCGAAGAUGCGAACAACGGCGGCAAAGUGUUCCUCCCACCCAGCGCGCUCGACAAGCUCACCCGGCUGCACAUCACAUACCCCAUGCUCUUUGAGCUUAUAAACGGCGCUCAAGACGGCAAGAAGACGCAUGCGGGUGUGCUGGAGUUUAUAGCGGAAGAGGGCAAGAUCUACCUGCCGUACUGGUUGAUGCAGACGCUACUGCUCGAGCCCGGAGAUCUCCUACAAGUCAAAUCGACUGACAUUCCUCUUGGCACUUUCAUCAAGCUGCAACCACAAGAUACGUCCUUCCUGGAGAUCUCAGAUCCCAAAGCCGUCCUCGAGAACGCGUUCCGAAACUUCUCCUGUCUGACCACGGGCGACAUAUUCACUUUUGCAUACAACGACAAUAUCUACAGCAUCGCCGUGCUAGAGACAAGGCCAGAAAACCCCAGCAAGGCCAUCUGCACCAUCGAGACCGAUCUGUCAGUCGACUUCGCGGCACCAGUAGGGUAUGAGGAGCCCAAGAGGGCAAGCGGGACAAGCACGCCACGGAGCGGGAAAGGUGUCAUGGCAGGCAAAGGCGGAACGCUGCACUCUCAUGGCACUAUGGCGCAGGCCAUCAACUACGAAGCCAUUGCGCCCUCGUCAACAAGUGCCGCCGCUGGUGCCAGGGCGACGUCCUCCCAUUUCCUCUCUUCGGGUCACAAGCUAAACGCCAAGAAGGGUAGCAAAACGCCAACUCCACAAGCUUCGACACCCAUCGCCGGACAAUCCACCAACCCUCCACCGACUGUGCGGCGGACUAAUGGUCCUCAACCGCUCAGGUUGCCCCCAGGAAAGCUCUUCUUCGGCUAUGAGAUCAAGCCAGUCAAGGGCAAGGAGGAGGAGAGCGAGCAGAAGGAGUCGAAACAUUUUGACGGCGCGGGCCAGACGUUGCGAAAGAAAAAGGGAGACAAAUAGAUGGGGUUGGCAAACAAACGGACACGGAAGGAGCA